AUAUAUUUAUUACGAACAUAUACAAGGAAACUUACAAAAGUAAAACAUACGACCCACACUUGUCGGAUCAUUCAGUACAAGAAAUUAAAUUGCUUAAUGAGACAUCUGUAACAAAAAGGAAAUAUAUAACUAGGCAUAUGAUAACGAGGAGAAAUAUAAUUAAAUUUGAGGAGAAACUAAGUGAUAUUGACUGGGAUUCACUCAAAUCCGAAAGAGCUGAAGAGACUUUUGAUAGAUUUCAUGCAGUAUUUAAAGGCUGCUUCGAUAGCUGUUUUCCUUUGAAGACGGUAAAUGUAAACAGGAAUAAAAAAUAUGUUCACAGAAAUGCUUCAAAUGUGGCUUUGAAGAAGGCAGUUGAUGCGGCUCUGACAAUCCACAGUAUUCGUCAGAGUGAUGACUCCAAGAAACUCGUAGAAUUGUUGAAACGAUCUCUGAGAGAAAGUCACACUGCAGAAAAGAAGAAAGUGAACAGUGAGUAUAUAAGUUCAUCAGAGGAUAAAACAAAGGCCAUAUGGAGAGUAAUAGGGGAAGAAACUGCUGAGUCGAGAGAGAAGAGGAAAGAAGAAGAUGACACCAGCUUUGUAAAUGACUCGUCCAGGAGAGCAGAACUAGAAAUUAGAGGUGCCAAGACUUUGGCUUGUGCUGAAAAAUGGUUUAGCGUGAAUGGAUUAAAACUCAAUGUGGAUAAGUCCCACCGUAUGAUAGUAGCCGGCAAUGAGGCUCCGCAGUGUAUCAGAUUGUUAGGUGUGACUGUGGACAAUCGACUUACCUGGAACACUCACACAACAUCACUAUUGAAGAGGCUUUCGACUGCAAUUUUCACCAUACGUAGGAUGAGGGAGGUUGCAGGCACGGACAUAUCUAGGUUGACCUAUUUCGCCAACUUCCACCAGACUGCUACAUACGGCAUAAUAUUAUGGGGUCAUAGUUCCGGACUGAUUGAUGUACUCCUGAAACAAAAGGAAGCUAUCAGAGCCAUUCUUGGAGUCCCAAGAAUCAUUUCAUGCAGAGAGUUGUUUCGAUCAUUGGGUAUACUCACCGUAACAUCUGUGUAUAUACUUAACUGUAUAAUGUAUGUCCAUGAUAAUAGAGCUAAAUUCAGGAGAAAUGAUGACAAUCAUCACUAUGGUACACGGAACAGAAAUGAACUUAGCAUUGAGUAUCAUCGCCUCAAAAAAACACAGACUGGCACUAAUCAUUUUGGGGUUAAAUUUUAUAAUAGACUUCCAUCAAAAAUGCGGAUGCUUCCACGAAAUAGGUUGCUGAAGAAGAUUAAGGAAACGUUAAUUAAAAACACUAUUUAUAAGUUCGAAGAAUUCUGGAACAUUAAGUUCGAUGAAUAACCGUGCUUACAUUUUUACAUUUAUAUGUUUGGACCUUUUGUAUGUGUAUUCAAAUGUUUCUCGUCUUUUAUAUUUAUAUUUUAUACUGUUCUAUUUUUGAACUUAUUGUAUUUUGACCUGCCAUGUAAUAUAUUUUGAUGGUGAAUAAAUGAU